GUAAUAUAUUCGAUAUUAAGUUGAAACCUGAGAGGUGUUGCGUUGAACGAUAACACUUUAAUCAUCCGUUUCAUUACAGUGAAAUGUGUAUUGACGAGGGGAAUGAAUUUAUCGGUAUUUAAUCGCUCACCGACCCAACAAUAAGCCUACAAUUGACCCUAAACGGGAACGGACGUUUCCUGUACGGCAAGGAAUCGAUCGCGAUGCAACCGUGGCAGGUUGUCGACGUGGAAGGUAGCCUCUACUAUGCCUUCCUCCCCGCGAACCAAGUGGAAACCGAGUUCUCUAAACUGUCCGACAAAUCUCCGGAAGCGCAACACAGGAACGAAGAGAAGACGUACACCGUCGACGAAGAAAAAUCGCCCGACACGGUGAAGAUAAAGAAAGAGAACGAAGACGCGGACGACAAGCACGAGGGCACCGUGUACGCCUGCAAGGAGUGCAACAUCUCGUUCCCGGUUCUGCAGAUGCUCAAGCGUCACAGAAACGCGGUACACGAGCAGGCACAGCGUUACAAGUGCAAGGUCUGCCUGAAGGUCUGUCGCAGCCUAGUAGCCUUCAAGAUGCACAUCGCGUUGGAGCACAAAGAAGAAGAGGAGCAGAACCUGAAGGACGCGGAGAGCCUCACGUACACCUGCAACUUCUGCGACUACGAGAGCACCAACAAGUCCACUCUGACCUCGCACAUCAGCAGAAAGCACACCGGGAAAACUAUAGACAGACGAAGAAGCAGUUAUGGCUCCACAGAACCGAAAGAGUACUCCUGCGACGAGUGCGAGUUCAAGUGCCAGAACCGAAGGAAGUUGAAGGAACAUCUGGAGCGCAAGCACGCGUCUGAUUACAAGUACGACUGCGAGUACUGCGGUAAGAAAUUCAAGGUCAAAGGCGACAUGAGGCUACACGUGCGUUUCAAACACAAAGAGGGACCCAUCGUGUGCGACGUCUGCGGGAAGACUUGCUCUAAUAGCAAUUCUUUGUACGUGCAUCAGAAGUGGGCACAUUUUAAACCCAAAUACGAGUGCGCCAUUUGCAAGAGACGAAUGGUCACACAGGAGAACCUGGAUCAGCAUAUUCUCUUGCAACAUGAGCGCAGAGAGAGCUUCGUUUGCGAGGAAUGUGGAAAGUCCUUCUCGGAGAAUCAUCGUCUGAAGCAGCACAUGAUGACGCAUACAGGAGACAGACCUUACGACUGCCAUAUUUGUGGCAAAGCGUUCGCUAGGAGAACUGCUUAUAGGCAACAUUUGUUGAUACACACAGGGAAGCGUCCGUAUAUCUGUGAUAUCUGUGGAAAAACGUUCACACAGAAACCGGGACUCAUCUGCCACAGAAAGUCGCAUCCUGGAGUGCAUCCACCGCUACCCGUUGUGCACAUCGAUCACAUUCUUAGUGAUUUCAUGAAGAAGGAAUGAUCGUACUGUAUUAUAGUAUUGUGGGAGAUACUUUGUGCUGUCGGUUACUGCAAUCAUUUGAUUUAUUGUUGAAUUUGUUUAGAGCAAUCGGAUUUGUUUUUUAUUGUUAGGUGGCGGGUCUUGAGGACCUGAAGUUUGGGAUGGAAAUUUAAUUUCCAAAUUUUCAGAUUUUGAAAUUUGGUAGCUUUUUAAUUUGAUUUAGAAAUUUGAAAAUUUG